CCGCCUCUAACUGGCCCUGGGUGCGCCUGGGGCAAAUGCGCCUCUGGUCGGCUCUCCCCUGCGCUUGGAAAGCGACCCCCGUGCGCCCCGGGUUCAAAGGCCCGACGCGGCAGCUCCAGCCCCUCAGAGGGGCGGGGAGGCGAAGGGGGUGGUGCGGGAGCCAGAAAAGCCCGAGCCGCAGCCGGCCAGCCCAGCGCAGGGAUGGGCAGCGAGCUCUGAAAGUUCGUGACCGCCGCAGCCAACUAACUUUUAGCCGGGUCGCACAGCUCAGGCAGCGGCAGGACUCGAAAGCUGUACCCGGUCCCAGUGCCCUUUCGAGAUCACAAGCGGCCACCAUCUAGGCCGGGUGCUCCCGCGCCUGAUCAGGGUUCAUGGAGCCCGGGCUGUGGCUCCUUCUCGGGCUCACAGUGACCUCCGCUGCAGGAUUUGUCCCUUGCCCCCAGCCUGGGGGCUCUGGCAGGACCAGCGUGUCCCAGGGCCCCCCUGAAGCUGGGUCAGAGGGGGACUGUGAAGAGACUGUGACUGGCCCCGGUGAGAGGACUGCUGCUUCCACAGCUGCACAGCCUGCAAAUCCUGGAAGCUCUGGGCAGGAUCAGGGACCAGGCAGUUCUGGGGAGCAGGGGGCCCCUGCGCCCCACCGUCCUCGGCGCUGCACAUGCUUCACUUAUAAGGACAAGGAGUGCGUCUAUUACUGCCACCUGGACAUCAUCUGGAUCAACACUCCUGAACAGACUGUGCCCUAUGGACUGUCCAACUACAGAAGAAGCCUUCGGGGAAAGCGGUCCUCAGGGCCAUUUCCAGAAAGCUCUCAGCCUUCUCCACGGACACGCUUGCGCUGUGCUUGUACAGGGAUGGACGACAAGGCCUGUGCACACUUCUGUGUGCACACUGCAGAUGUCAACAGUGAUUCCUGGAGAGCAGGAAGACGAGCUGCAGAAGAGAAGGGGGAGACCAGAGGCCCACACCAGAGGAUGAAGUCAAGGACAGAUAAAGCAGGCUGGCCAUAGCAGGCCACUACCAAUGCUUCUUGCUUCCUGCAGCAGACUUCACCCUCGCUCUCUCUGCCUGCCAACUGCCUUCCACGAAAGAGCCAUUGUGCUUGUGCUGACAAGGUUCAAAUUUCCUCUUUAGGGACAAGGGGAGAAUUGACCUGAGUGAAAAAAAAAAAAAAAAAGAAAGACCCA